CAAAUGGGGGGGCGGGGCAAAACCUCUCAGUCUUUGCAAGUAUCUUCAAACAGAAGGGACAACGCAACAAAUGUCUGAAACUGAUCUUACGGUGUGGUUAACUGUAUUAAUGAUUAUUUAUGGUGUGAUUUGUCUCCAUUUCCCUUGGUUAUGGCUUGAAUUUACCUUAGUGCUGAUUCAUUUGCUCAUACACUGUACUUAAAGCAAAGAAACCAACAAAAGUAGGGGCCUCUUCCUGACACAGCACAAUCACAUUCAUCAGGGUUAAAGUGUGUCAGCCUUAACAGAAAUAGGAAGAAGCACAUUUGACUUCCUCAAACCAUUCAAGCCUGAGAUGAAAAUCGAAGUGUCACCAUACCGCAUGGUGAACCACAGAGGAGACGUGAUGCAUGCGGGCGAGAUGGUCUAUGCCUCGUUGGAGGUACUCAUCGCCGUCUGCUGCGUCCUCGGAAACACUCUGGUCAUCGCUGCCGUACAGAUGACCAAAAGCAUCGGGCAGCCCACCUUCUGUUUAAUCGUGUCGCUGGCGGUGGCUGACUGCGCGGUGGGCUUGGUAGCCGUCCCGCUGGCCGUGCUGGUGGACGGCAGGGUGAGCACAUCCUUUCGCACCUGCCUCUUCAUCAGCUGCGUGGUCAUCUUGUUGACCCUGGUUUCUAUUCUAUCACUCAUGGCCAUCUCGCUGGACCGCUUUCUACGUGUGUACGUCCCACUCAGGUACAAACGGACGGUAACACAAAGACAUUCAUGGUCUGUGGUUGCUGCAUGUUGGCUUGUCGCUCUGCCUCUGAGUUUCGCGCCCAUGCUGGGCUGGCACAACGAAGACACCACCUCCCCAGAGUCUCGCAACUCCUUGUUCAUUUGCCAGUUCAUCGCCGUGAUCCCGAUGUCCUAUCUGGUCUACUUCAACUUCUUCCUCUGCAGCCUGACACCGCUAGUAGUCAUGUCGGCACUGUAUGGCUACAUUUUCUGCAUCAUUCGUGGCAACCUCAAAGAAAAGCCAGGCAACGGGGCCCAGGCGAGAUCUCACAUCUACCUGAAGAAAGAGAGGCAGCUAGCAGGCUCUCUUGCCCUGGUCUUGAUCCUUUUCGCCCUCUCCUGGAUCCCGCUGCACGUGCUGAACUGCAUUGCCUACUUUGAAUUGGCCGCAGUGCCGGCGAGCGCUUUUCAUGUGGGCAUUCUGUUGUCUCAUGCCAACUCUGCUGUGAAUCCAGUGGUGUAUGCCUUUAAGAUACACAAGAUCAGGACGGCAUACCUGAAGAUCUGGCGGAGGUGCCUCACAUGCGGGGAUGAGCUCCAAGGCUCUCAGUCCAGCCAGACUAUGGACAACAACCAAAGUAGCAACAGUAUGAACAACAAUGUGCCGUUACGUGCUUAACGUGGUCAUUUAAUGGAAAAUGUACUCCUUAAAUGCAUGUACCGGUACGUAUACAGUCGGUGAUUUCCUAGAGUGACUGUAUACCCAUCAAGUGUAAAUUAAAUAAAAUCUUUUGUUGUCUCCCUUUUUCUGAAAAUUUGUCUGAGCAUGCCAGGGGAGGCGGGGGACAUUGAGUCUGAGUGGACCAUGUUCCGUGCCUCUGUUGUUGAGGCGACCAAUCGGAAUUGUGGCCAAAAAGUGGUUUGUGCCUGUCGUGGUAGCAACUCCUCCACAUUGAGACAAGCCAGAUAAGGCGGCUCGGGCAUCUGAUUUGGAUCCUGGACAUCUCUAUGGAGAUGUGUGCCAGGCAUGUCACACUGGCAGGAGGCCACGAGGAUGACCCAGGACACACUGGAUAGGCUAUGUCUCCCACCUGGCCUGGAAACGCCUUUGGAUGAGUUGGAAGACACGGCUGGUGAGAAGGAAGUCUGGGCUUCGCCGCAGAAGUUAUUGUCUAUGCGACCCGACCCCAGGCUAUAGAAAAUGGAUAGAUGGAUGUCUAGGCGGGUUGAUCUACAUUUUGUCCCCAUUGAUCGGUCACAGUGUGGUGAAUUUACUCUGUGCUCUGUGUUGUAUUUUUAUUUGUGGAAAACACUUUGUUUCAGCUGCAGUUUUGUUUAAGUGCUCUAUAAAUAAAACUGACUUGCACUGAAAGGUGGCCCGAUGGUCCAGUGUUGACCUCACAGUGUAGAGGUCCUGGGUCCUAUUCCAGCUUCGGCCUCUCUGUGUGGAGUUUGCAUGUUCUCCCCUUGCCUGCGUGGGUUUUCUCCGGGUACUCCGGUUUCCUCCCACAUUCCAAAAACAUGCAUGAUAGGCAGUUUGAACACUUUAAAUUGUCCCUAGGUGUGCGUGUGAUCACGGAUGGUUGUUCAUCUCUGUGUGCCAUUAGAUUGGCUGCCAACCAGAUCAUGGUGCCCGCCGUCUACUGCCCAAAGACAGCUGGGAUAGGCUUUGGCACGCCCCACGACCUUUGUGAUGAUAAAGUGAAUCAAAAAAUGGAUGGAUGGUUGGGUGGAUGGAGUUGCACUGAAACGGCAUGGCUCAAUGGUCGAGAGAGGUAUCACAACCCAGAGAUUGGGGAUUUGGGGGCUGGUCAAAUAUGACCAAGCCAGAGUGUUCUUGAGCAAGGAACUGGACCCCGAAUUUCUCCUGAUGCUGCUCCAUCAGUAGAUAAAUUAGUUAACAGUGUUAAGCGCUUUGAGUUUGUAAGGUAGAAAAGCGCUGAACAAGAAUAGUCAAGGCAUCAAGAAUGCUAUGUUCAUUGGGGAUGUUGUAACGUAAAUCAACAGCUAUACUACCACCUGGUGGUUGUUUUCGGAAUGGCAAAAUAAAAUAUGUUAGAAGACAUUUUUGUUGAUAUGAGCUUAUAAAGCAGGAAUGGACUAUACUCUCUGUUCUGUAAAUUGACUUACCCAACAUUUGGUUUAUCAAGAGUCCUGUAAGAUUAGCUGCUUUUGCUGGGGUUUUUUUUGGUCCCAAAAUGGGUUAAUUGAAUGUGUUUCUUCAUUUUUGUAUUGAAAUAUGUUUUUGUCAGUGAAUAAGGUAAUAAAAUACAUGAACUAUA